CUGCAGGAGGCGGCGCUGGCUGGCGGCUGCGCUCGCUCCAGUCGGCGAGCGGAGCAGCGAGCGAGCGUGUGUGUGUUUUUUAAAGAUGGCCGGAGCGGCGGCGGCGGUGGCCGCGGGAGCAGCAGCUGGAGCCGCCGCGGCAGCCGUGUCGGUGGCGGCUCCGGGCCGGGCCUCGGCGCCCCCGCCGCCCCCGCCGGUGUACUGUGUGUGCCGGCAGCCGUACGACGUGAACCGCUUCAUGAUCGAGUGCGAUAUCUGCAAGGACUGGUUCCACGGCAGCUGUGUUGGUGUAGAAGAACAUCAUGCUGUUGACAUUGACCUUUAUCACUGUCCCAACUGUGCAGUUCUACAUGGUUCCUCCUUGAUGAAACAGAGGAGGAACUGGCACAGGCAUGACUACACAGAGGUUGAUGACGGUUCCAAACCGGUGCAGGCGGGGACGAGGACUUUCGUGAAGGAAUUACGUUCUCGAGUCUUCCCAAGUGCCGAUGAAAUCAUUGUAAAGAUGCAUGGCAGCCAGCUGACACAAAGAUACCUGGAGAAACAUGGAUUUGAAGUUCCUAUUAUGGUCCCCAAAUUAGAUGAUCUAGGACUCAGGCUCCCUCCACCUGCUUUUUCUGUCAUGGAUGUGGAACGCUAUGUAGGUGGUGACAAAGUGAUAGAUGUCAUUGAUGUGGCAAGGCAGGCAGACAGCAAGAUGACCCUUCACAAUUAUGUUAAAUACUUCACGAAUCCUAACAGACCAAAAGUGUUAAAUGUGAUCAGCCUUGAAUUUUCAGAUACAAAGAUGUCUGAAUUGGUGGAGGUCCCUGAUAUAGCCAGAAAACUUUCCUGGGUGGAAAAUUAUUGGCCAGAUGAUUCAGUUUUUCCCAAGCCAUUUGUUCAGAAAUAUUGCUUAAUGGGAGUUCAAGACAGCUACACAGAUUUCCACAUUGACUUUGGUGGAACUUCAGUUUGGUACCAUGUCCUCUGGGGUGAGAAGAUUUUCUAUUUGAUAAAGCCAACAGAUGAAAACUUGGCACUUUAUGAGUCUUGGAGUUCAUCUGUGACCCAGAGUGAGGUGUUCUUUGGAGAUAAGGUGGAUAAAUGCUACAAAUGUGUGGUAAAGCAGGGACAUACUUUAUUUGUUCCUACAGGGUGGAUUCAUGCUGUGCUCACAUCUCAGGACUGUAUGGCUUUUGGGGGGAACUUUCUGCAUAACCUUAACAUUGGCAUGCAGCUCAGGUGUUAUGAGAUGGAAAAAAGGCUAAAAACACCAGAUCUUUUCAAAUUCCCUUUCUUUGAAGCCAUAUGUUGGUUUGUAGCCAAAAAUUUGCUGGAAACCUUGAAAGAACUGAGAGAAGAUGGUUUCCAGCCUCAGACUUACCUAGUACAGGGAGUGAAAGCACUGCAUGCUGCUUUAAAGUUAUGGAUGAAGAAAGAACUUGUAUCUGAACAUGCCUUUGAGAUCCCAGACAAUGUCAGACCUGGACAUCUUAUUAAAGAACUUUCAAAAGUAAUUCGAGCAAUAGAGGAGGAAAAUGGCAAACCAGUUAAAUCUCAGGGAAUUCCUACUGUGUGUCCAGUUUCACGAUCCUCAAAUGAAGCAACUUCCCCAUACCAUUCCCGACGAAAGAUGAGGAAACUUCGAGAUCAUAAUGUCCGAACUCCUUCUAACCUAGACAUCCUAGAGCUCCAUACAAGGGAGGUUCUCAGAAGGUUAGAGAUGUGUCCAUGGGAAGAGGACAUCUUGAGCUCUAAACUGAAUGGAAAAUUUAACAAGCAUCUCCAGCCAUCUUCCACGGUACCUGAAUGGAGGGCAAAAGAUAAUGAUCUACGGUUACUGCUGACAAAUGGAAGGAUAAUUAAGGAUGAGAGACAACCCUUCGCAGAUCCAAGUCUUUAUACAGCAGAUAGUGAAAAUGAGGAGGACAAGAGAAGGACAAAAAAGGCAAAAAUGAAGAUGGAAGAGAGUUCAGGAAUAGAAGGGGUGGAGAAUGACGAGUCUCAAAAACCAUGUAACAGGUUUUUUACAAGUGUGAAAUCAAAACUCAGGAAUCGAUCAUCAGAAUAUUCUGAUAUUUCUGAUUCAGAAGACUCUGGACCUGAUUGCAAUGCACUGAAAAAUAAUUUUACCACUGAAGAGUCUGAAAGUUCAGGUGAUGAAAAGAAACAAGAAAUAACAUCCAACUUCAAGGAGGACUCUACUGUGAUGAGGAACUUCCUUCAGAAGGGCCAGAAGCCAUCUAGAAGUGAAAUUCCAAUUAAAAGGGAAUGUCCUACCUCGACGAGCACAGAGGAAGAAGCUAUUCAGGGCAUGUUGUCUAUGGCAGGGUUGCACUACUCCACAUGUUUACAGAGGCAGAUACAAAGCACAGGCUGCAGUGGUGAAAGAGACUCUCUCCAGGAUCCCGGCGGCUGCCACAGCAGUAACCAUGAGGCUAGACAGGUGUAUCGCUGUGAUAAACCAGUGGAAUAUGGGUACCAUGUCAAGACCGAAGAACAAGACUUGAGGAGCUCUUCCUGGAUUAAACAAUUCGAUACAACUUCCAGAUUUCAUCUUCAGGAUCUAAGUAGAGGCCAGAAAUGCAUCAAAAAGGAAGGUUCAUCAGAAAUCAGUCAGAAGGUACAAAGUAGGAAUUCUGUGGACAGCAGUGGCUCAAGCCCUCAAAAUGGGAAGUAUACGCAGAAUUCAAGCUUGAUUUCAGGGGCGUGCCAGAUAAAUAAUGGCAGCAUAAGCCCAGAAAGGCCAGUUGGUGAAACUACCUUUUCAGUGCCCCUUCACCCCACCAAGAGACCUGCAUCAAAUCCACCACCUAUCAGCAACCAGGCAACAAAAGGUAAACGUCCAAAAAAAGGAAUGGCAACAGCCAAACAACGUCUUGGGAAGAUCCUCAAGUUGAACAGAAAUGGCCAUGCCCGUUUCUUUGUGUGACGAGCUGCUGUUGUGGCCACUCUUCCCUCUGGAGACAGACCGGUCUCGGAGGCGCGCGAGCCUGGCGCUGCCGGCGCGCCCCCGCCGGAGCAGUUUGCAUGUACAGUAGAGAGCACUGCCUGAAGAACAAAAUGAACCAGAUGCUGCAUUUUCACUGUGCCACACCCACUCAGCAAUAACCGUUCUGGACCUGGUGGGGGAGAGGAAGAAGGAGGGUAGAACCUUAAAAGGAGACCUUGAACUGGAAAAGGUCUCUUGUCAGGGCUUGAAUUUCAUUUUGUUGUUGGUAGUGUCUUGAUUUAUUUUCAGUGGUAGGGUAAAGAAUUAUCAAUAAUUUAUUUAACAGAUUUUUUUUUUAAAGUUAACAGCUUUUAAAUUCUUUCUUUUUUAAAGCUAUUUAUUUGGAAGAUUUCUGGAGAACUGUCUCACUAAUUUAGAUUUAAGAAUGUGAAAGUUUUUAAAUUAUUUUUGAUAGUGUGUAUGUUACAUGUGGGGAAGAGCCACGGUAACAGUAACUAGUCUGGACUCUUAAAUUUGAUAUUCAGGUUAAAGUCUUAAACAGGGAUUUGAUGCAUUAAUUAUUUUAAAUUAAGAUGUAUAUGAAAAUCAUUUUAUUUUAUAUAUUUCAUGUGUUUUUUAUAAGCUAUUAGCUUCGCUUUUGCUAACAUCCAAGGUGCAUACUGUUAUCCAGGUCGAUUACCUUAUAUCCCACCUUCCCUCUGCACUCCCCAUCCUUUUGUGACGACGCAACAAGACUCUUCUCUUUGCAGGGAAACACUUUCAUAGCCAACGUGUAAGAAUUACAUAAAAGAUCCCACGUUUCUCUUUCGUUUGACAUUGCAGUUUUCUUCUAAUUCUAUAAAAAUAGGCUUCUUGCAUUUUCAUUUUUGCUGAUGAUAUCUGGGUCCCAAAGAGAACAGCUUUAAUAUCUUUUUCCUACUUGUGGGAAAAGGGUUAUAAGUUUGGUUAAAUUGUCGCGUUUAUAGUUUUUCAAAAACAUUUGUAACUACAGAGGGCCUUCUUCACACUGCUGGUGUUGGAGGGCAGGACGGGCACCUGCCCCAGAGGUUAUAUUUUAUGACGCUCUUAUUCUGUGUACCUAACUUGUUGGAAAAUAAUGAGAUAUGGUUUGACUUAGUAUAUUCAAAUCUGCAUAAUCCGUAAUAUAAUAGGACUAUACUAUAUUAAGUUGUACAGAAGCAAGCAUGUUGGAGUAGGUCUUUUGGGUGUAUGUGUGUCUAGUUUCUUACUUCUUCACCUUCUAAAGAAUUAUUUAAGAUACAGAUUUGGAGUAAAAUGGGUGCUUCUUGCAGUUUCUUCCAUCUGUCCUAACUUAACCAGUGCAUAUUGAGAUUAAGUAUCUGGUUGAGCUUUAAGGAAUCAUUUCUCUCCUUUAUGCACAGUUCUUACUAAACGCCAGUUUUCGGUUGCUCGCAAUAGCUUAUAUUUUCCCUUUUCCUCCCCAUGGCAUAAAAAGAAGUGAUUUCUGGGGCUGGGGUGAAGAUAUUCCCAAUUCUGACAAAAGAGCAUUUUACAAAUUUCUACAAAGAAAAUAGAGGCAAAUAGGAUAAAAUUUAUUUUUAUGGAGAAGUAAUAUGGCCAUAUUAUGGAUUUGUCUCUUUUUUACUCAGCAAGGUAGCAGGACUUUCCCUUCUGUAUUAAGUAUCACUUGAAGCUCUAAGAAAAAAAAUCUAUACCAUCAUCUUUCAUGGUUGCAUUCAGAUGUGUAUUUUCAAAGAGAAAUAUUUCUUAUUCUGUCUCCAUUUCAAUAUCUCAUGGAAUAAGUACAAAAUAGCUUAUGGAUUAACCUUUUUGGUCCAAGUGACUGGACCAAAUUCUGGGACUUAUCUGGGUGUCAGGAAAAACAAUUUUUAUGGAAACACUAAGUGUCUGUAAAGGGCCUACUUAGACUCUGUCUACACUUUGCCAAAACUGGUUAAGAGAUGGAUAUAAUCAGUCAUUUGGUCAUUGGAUCUCAAGAUUGUCAAAAGUCGGGGUUUGACUGAUUUUCCUACCUCCCAAUAUAUUAUUGUGAUGUUUUGGUUUUCUGUAGACACCGUUUUAGUGUUAGAGUUCACAUGAUUUUGUUUUGGUUUAAGAGAUCAGAAUUAUAAUUCGUUCUUCCAGCUACAUCAUGAUCUUGGGUUCUUUUGUUUUCUUAACAUUUUUCAUAGCUCUAAGUAUUUCUAAUUACCUGACUUCUUUUCUUUAGCUAUAAAAAUUAAAAUCAAUUUAUUUUUAUAAAUUAAGAUGGUGACCAAUAUCUGCCCUGUGUACUUAGGCCAAUAAAUCUAAUUUUAAGUAGCCAGUAUGUGUAAGUAUUAAGUGAAGGUACUGUGGAUUCACUUUUGGCAGGUUUAGCCCAUGAACUGGCUAAGUUAAAAAAAACUUGCAGUAAGAUAAUCUAAGCACUAUAACAGAAUCAUGUGUCUUUCUCCAAAUUGGUGAAAAUUCAGCCUACUGGCCCAGUGAGUGGCCUGGUCAAACUUGUUCUAAACUUACUGGCUCUGAUGCAUCCCUUUAUGUCAUGGAAGUGGCUGGACUUUGAGGUGACUGCAGCCUGGGUCUGGAUUCAGCUGUGAUAGACAACCUCUCAUGUUUUCCUCAAUCUCGUUUAUAAACCCUUCUACCACACAGACACUGCAGUUUAGACAAGGAGACAACAGUGGUGGCAUUUAGCUAGUUAGGUGCAAAUAAAUAGGUAAAACAGUUGGACUUAACGUAUGCGAUUUUAAUGGCAGUAGUAGAUAAUGAUUUUUCUGUAUUGAUUCAAGUAAGUGACUUCUGUUAACCUGGGAUCCCCGGUACUGUAACUCAUAAUGUCACAUAAGGACAUUAAGGAAGUCAGGACUGAUUAAGGAAGUCAACAGUACAAAACUGGCAGUUUAUAGUAGUGCAGCAUCCUAGAAAUACACUGAAUUUCAUAAGCAUACAGAACUAAAAAUCUGACUGACAUCAUAGAAACUCAGAGAAAACAAGACCAUUGUUAUCACGACUUAAAUACUUAGCUUGAAUACUGAUCUAUUUUUUAACAAUCCUAAUGAUUGCCUUUUAAAUGAACUCUACUGUAUUGACCUGUAUGAUGGCAGCAGGUAUUUAUCCAACGUCUGUGUGCCCAGUACGACUUAGCACUGUGGGGGAAUAUAAAGCUGAAGUUGGGGUCUCUGCUCUUGAAGGUAUCUUCUCCAAGAAAUAAGCAGUAUUAUUUUCAUUUCUCAGCAAACUUUAAGCAAAAGAGGGCCCACGUAUUAAGAAAAAUAGCAUAACUUUAUUAGUUUCAACUGAAAUGUACAACUGUAGAAGUGGAAGUACAUUUUUUUUUUAGUUUUUAAAAUUUAAGAAACAUUUCAAAAGUUAAUAGUUUAAUGUUCGUAAUAGAGAGGUGUGGUAUAUAGCAUGGAAGGGAGCACGAACCUGGGUUUUUGUCCAAGUUCUGUCAUUUAUGUAUCAACUGUGUGACCGUAAAUAAGUCACUUACUCUUUCUGAGUCUUGGUUUUCUCAUUUGUAAGUUUGGAUAAAAAUGGUGGUUAAGAAAAACAUAGAAAAGCAUUCCUUAAUUAUUAACACUUUUUAUACUUGCAGAUAAUUUAUCAUGAUUUAAGUUACAACUGACAAUGCACAUUUAUAUGCUUUUUUAAGUGAAAACUAUUACUCAUAAAAUUUGUUUCAUAUCAAGUAUAUAUAUGCCCAGAGCAUGCUACCUAAAACCUCUGAAGAAUUGCUAACAAGGUGUUGAAUUAAAAUCAGAAUCCAUGCUUUGAAGUGAAAGAAAAAGAAGUGCGAUAGUUUAUGGAUAAGAGUGAGAACGUUUAUCCCCAAGUGAUCAUUAAGAUGAUUUUAAGGAAUUCAAAGAUGGUUUUAGGUUUUGCUCAAAGAGGAAUUAGCACAGUACUGCUCCACAGAUUCUGCCUACUCUUCAGGCACUAGAUAAAAGUUGGGGUCUCUGCUCAAAUAAGUCAUGGAAUUAAAAUGCUGUAGCAACUACCCAAGGAGCUAGGGAAAAAAUAGAAGGUAUUCAGAAGAUGGGAACCAACAAAGACAGCUCAGGGUUGGCUAACAGCAGCUUGUUGGGUAGAGGGAGAAAGCACUGUAGUGCUGGGCAGGAGACCUGACUGGACAUCUUCAAAGGAGAAGAUUCUGCCCUUUUCAAGAGAUGCUGUCUAUAGUCAUAGGGCUACUCCCCAAAGAGGGGAUGAGUAAUUGUACGGCCCACUUGACUACUGCCAGAAGUAUCUAUUGCAGCAUGUAAGCAUUUUGCAAUUUCAUAUUAAGAAAUGAAUAAUGUAAAUCUGAAAAUUUUUCAAAAGCUCAUUUCCCCCCAUUAACUAUUAAGCUAAUUGCUCCCUCCGAAAAGAGAAGCUAAAAAUCAUCAGUCAUUUUCAGAUAUCCUAGGCCUUUAUCUAAAGCAAUCUUGAGAAGGUUGAGCUUCAAAUUGUGAGCCUAGGAAAAGAGUGUUGCCAGUAAAUAAAGGAGACAAAUGAAAGCCAGGAGGGCAGUGACUCACCUGGGGUCACAGUGAACCCUUAGACCUCAGGUACCUUGCCUCCUCAGCCUCUGUUGUGUGACACUGUGCAUCCUCUGCUCAUCCAGUGGUGGAUGAUGAUCACACGCUUACUACAAGUCAGGUGGAAAGAAGGGGGGACAAAUAAUAUACUUACUACGUUGCUGAUGAACGUAAUGUAAUUUUAAUACUGUAGCCUUACUAAAAACCCUUUUGUUUUGUUUUUCACUGAACGUCAUGCCGUAAGUCAAAUAUUUGAUACCCUUACAUAAACAAAAAUUUUAAAGUAAGGUCGUUAAGCAAAUGCCUGCCUAUCCAAAGCAAUUAGCUUAUCAUGACUGUGGUUUUAUUCUUUUAUAGUAUUUCUUCCCUUUAUAAUGGGUAGGGAAAAUAAUACUCACUUGCCUGCAUUCUACCCCUUAGACUCUCCCACUCACCCUUGGUGCCCUUUCUGGUGUCCUAAAGCUUUGUCUUAAUAAGUGCAAAAUUAAAUUUUUUGUUAAAACCUUUUUGAAACUGUAUUCAGUGAUUCUUCCAAGUUUAUCUGCUCUGCACUAUUUCACUAAUAAACCCUGGCUACCACGUAGCCCUUGACCUCCAAGUAGUUUACCUAUGCAAGCCCUGUGACAUUCUGAAUUCACUUUUCUUUAUUUCAGAAAGCAGUCCUAAAGGGAACUUAAUCAUAAAGAUAAACCUUGCCUCCACCCAGUUUUAUUUUGGCCAUUUCCUUUUCUAAAUGUCAGCUCUUUUUCCCCAAGAUUUUUCACCAAAACAAUGAUCAUAAGUGCUGGAAAAUAUAACAUUUUGCAGGAAUAAAGUAACCCAGACAUACUUUUACAUUUCUUUGGUGGAUUUUGGUUGGUAACAGUUACCAGCAUUAAGUGUGAUAUAUAAUGAGGAGUUGAUUUCUUGCCUAGAAUCAUUUCUUCCUUCUAAGAUUCAUUAAGUAACCUUUUAUUUUUACAAAGCAUACAUAGAACUUCCACAUUAUAGUCAGGGACCUGAGGUGUAACUUGCUAAGUGAACCCCAAGGUUAUUUUAUCUUGCAAAAGAAACCUAAACCAAACUAAGGGCCUUACAUUUAUGGUUAGACUGAAUCAAAAGCUAUAACCUCAGUUUUUUCAAAAAACAGCUUCUGACUGCAAAAGCAAGUCACGCAGUUGUUAGGUAUGGAAUAGCACUGAUCAGGAAACACAUAUGCAUCUUUGCAGACUGUAUUUCCUUCCGAAAAGACUUUUCUACUUUUAAUAUAAAUUAAGCCAUAACAGUUUCAUGCUGUGGAAAGAGGGUGAAAAGGUUCAUUUUAAGAGAUUAUAUAAUAUGAAUUUUCACAUUUACUGUGAAAUGUCUAACUUUGCCAGUGCUUCAGCAGGUUUUUUUUGGGGGGUGGGGGUGUAGAGGGUGGCGAUGUGGGGGUAGUAUUGGUUUUAGGGGUUCUAAAUCUGUGAAAUUUGAAAAGGGGACAGUUGUUGGCUAUGGUACUUACUAGUUUUGUAGUAAUGUUUUGCUAGCCAGACUGACUUUCCUUAACUGAUUUUUAUGCCCAUGGUCCAAGGUGACUGUUACCCUUUCUUGUUUGGGGUGUCUGCGGAGUAGUGUCUUGUCUGUUUGUAUAGGCAGUCAGUAUGUGUGCACAUGUGUGUCCUUUGAAUACAGAAGCACACGGUGUGACAGCAGAGUGGGGUGUGGCUGGGAAAUGGGAUGCUGAAGCUUUAAGAGCAUUUUUUUUUUUUGAUUCAUAACAGUAUUUCCCAUCUUUUGCCUGCAGGCAGGGAAAGUGUACAGUAUUUAUUUUGUUUCUGUUUUAAAUUUGUAAGUCUUUAAGUAGCUUACAUUGGUUAUUAUAGAGGAGGACAGUGACUUGUUUAAAGUUGUAUUUAGUAUUCUUACUUUCCAAUUUCUGUAUUUUAAAAUAUUGAAAUUAAAAUUGUAUUACUUCUGUUUUGAUUUUUUUAGCACUCGGUGUAUUUUUUGCUCAUUUUGUUUGAAAGUAUAAAUGUUGAAAGUUGUAUAAAAUGUGUCUUUGAAAGAAAAAAAAAAUCUGAAUUCUAUAUCCA